AAAGCCUCUAGUUGAAGUGACACACAGUGACAGAUUAAAGAGAUUCCUACAUUCGAAAGCCUCUCACCUAAGAAAGACUGUUGAACACCACCACAACCUGCUGCACAUUACCAGUCUGUUUAAGAGUACUCAGCCAGCAGCACAGCUCAUAGCACGACCAGCAAGACAGCAGCCCUCCACUCCACCAGCCAAGAUGCGGAGAGCACAGAAUGCAGCACAGGGAGAACCCACACAGCACCCGUAUGGCCAGAACAGCGACUCACAGUACCUGGCUGAGGAGAACGAACACCUCACCACACAGCUCAAGGAUAAGGUCAAGACACUCAAGUCGGUGAGCAUUGAGAUCCGGAAUGAAGUGCGGGGACAGAACACCAUGCUGGGGGAGAUGGAUGAUGAGUUUUUCCGCUCGGGCAACCUGCUAGAGAGAAGCAUGAAGCGUCUGGGCCUGAUCAGCAGAGGCUCCCAGCACUGCCACCUCCCCAUCCUCUUCGCCUUCUGCUUUGUCGUCUUCCUCCUCCUGUGGGUGGCUCUCAAGUUUAGGUGAUGGGCAUCUAGCCAUUGAUGUUUUUAAAUCUGUUGUGGCUUCCCUACCCUUCCCCCAAGAUCCAAGGCUGUAAGUUAAGGUUCCCUCAUGUGUUAUGCAGUCCCUCUUAAUGUCAUGUUGGCCUGUAGUGUUUGGUGCUUCUCACGCUGCUGGUCUUUGUGGCUCUCUGGCUAAAUGUAACUUGUUUCUUCAUAUUUUUCUUAUUGGGGUUUUGAAUUAAGUUGGUGUGGCUUUUGGCUGGAUUUAAAAGCCUUUUCUUGGUCUUCUUUUCUGCAGAUUUAUUAGUUGGCUAGUUUCAGUUGCUGGUUAGAGUAAAACUCCUUUCCUGAUUAUUUAGUUUAGGCUUUUAUGUACAUAUAUUUCUUGUAGGACUUUUCAUAGUUCACUUGCCCCAUUGAUUAGGCAAAAACACCCUUCUUGAUUGUAUAGUUCUCUGUUGUCUUUUACUUGAAUUAACCUAUUGUUGUUAACCUAUUGAUUGACUUUAAGCUCCUUGAUCAGUCAUGCUUUUCUUGGACCUUUCAAGAGAUUGUCUGGUUCAUUAACUGUAAAGCUUCUCUCUCAGUCCUAUUUUCUUCAUAGUCCUUUAUUUAACUUGAGGAGGUAAAGUAAAUGCAAUCUCACAAGCCACUGAGCUAAGGGAGGGCUGGGAUUUUUGGGAGGAUUUCCAGACAUGGGGAUGAAGGCACCACAGACUCAUGUUCCUGUGUUCCUCUUAUGGUAUUUUAUGGGGCAAUUUUACCAGCUGUUUUAGUGUUUGUUGUAGAGGAUCCAUUUUUAUGUAGUGAGGCUUGUUUCUGGUGUUGUAGUGAGAGUGUUUUGGUAGAUGUUGUGUGGGAGGAGUUUUGUUCUAGAUGUGAUGAAAAAGGUGCUCAAAGUGAGAUAGAGACCCAAGACUGCCUCCCAUGUUAUUUGCUGGAUAUAAAGACAGGUCAAGUUAUGUGCUACAUGUGUUCUUGUUCUUGUUUUUUUAUGUAGUUUUUAUCUCAGAUGCUCAGGAUGUUUUGUUGCUGGUAUCAUGGUUAAGAGUCUUGUAACCUUGCACAGGAAAAUAAGCAUGUCAAUAGUGAGGGAAAGUUGAGUAGUGUAUGGUUCCCAUUUCCACUGUAUCUAGUGUUUUUUCUUAAUCUGAAGUCUAAUUCACUGAUAUACUCUUCAUGAGACCUAUCUAUCUAUGUAUAUACCAGGGCAGCAACUCCACACAAGAUGGCCCAGACAAAGCACUCACAUUUGCAUUCUUAGCUCUGUCAGCCCAUGGUGGAAUAGUCUUGUGCACCAAGCUACAACACCCAGGAGCUUAGGUACAGCACAGCUUAUGAAACUUGCUAAAUUGGAAAAUAUCAACAAAUCAAAUGACAUAAGAAUGAGGGAAACAUUAUCAAACUUCCAACUUUAUCAUCACAGCUAUCCAAGCCUGUACAGUGAUGUUAAGCUGUCUGUUUGAGUUGCUGAAGUGAGGUGUGAGGUGUGGUAUGUUUUCAGUCUACCCACAAGUGACUGCUGAUGACUUAAGUUCUGUCUGUCUAGUUUUGCAUCUGCUUUGUGUCAAUAAUAUAAAUUUACACAUGGGAUGGUUAGUUGAGGAUUUGCAAGUUCCUCAAGUAACUCAUUGAAAUGUGGUCUGUCUGUAGUCUUCCCACAAAUGACUGCUGAUCCAGGUUCUGUCAGUCCUAUUUUGUUUCUAUUUUGUCUCAGUGAUAUGAAUUUAUACAUAGGAUGGUUAGCUGAGAGUUUGCAAAUUUCUGAAGUGAGGUGUGAAGUGUGACAUGUUCCCAAAUGAUUACUGAUGCCGAUGACUCAUGCUCUGUCAGUCUGUUUGUGCACUGUUGCUCUAUCUGUUAAGGUGAUAACCAGAUGUCUUACCAGCAACUUGUCAUGUCAUAUGCCCAAGGAGUGUCAUGUUGAGGCUGACCAUGUCACUUUUAGCCAUAUUUAUAUGAAGAUUAUUUUUUAUAUCGAAUAAAUGAAUGACUUUA